AUGUCGUCUUUGUUCGCCCUGCUAUCACAGCAGACACCCAACUUGACCACAAGGAAAGGCCUGAUUAUCUUGGGCUUGCAGAACGACUUCGUAUCGCCCACCGGAAAGCUCCCCGUCACCAACACUGGUUAUCUGGACAGAAUCCUCGCACUGGUACCGGCCUUUCGUGAGUUUGGCCAUGUCAUCUGGGUUCGCAGCGAGUUUGAGACUACCCGCCCGGUCAACGGUCUGGACACGCCCGGCGACACGGUGGUAGCAGGAGGCUCGGAUGGCACCGAGGAAGAGGUCCCGGGCUCACCUGUCAGACGACCGUCCAAGAAGCAAAAGUCCUCUCCGAGGUCGUCCAAUACUUACUCGAAGCCAAAGAUCGGCGAGGACGACGAAGAAUUGUUCCUCAGUCGGACGGCAAGCCGCGAACCAUGUUGCAUUACCGGUAGCCGUGGUGCUGAGUACGCUGACCAGAUACAGCCAUUGAUUCAUCAAGGAAAGGACAUGCAUGUAGUGAAGAGCCACUACUCGGCCUUUGGCGGGACAUCGCUGCUCAUGAAGCUACGAUCCAGACUGAUCACCGAGCUGUUUAUCUGUGGUAACAUAACGAACCUGUCCGUGUACUCCACUGCAAUGGACGCGGCCCGCUACGGCAUGCACAUCACUCUCGUAGAUGAUUGUCUUGGUUAUCGCAAACAGGACCGACACGAUCUUGCCAUCAAGCAACUUCGUAACAACAUGUCAGUAGAGACCGUGAGCAGUAGAAGAGUUCUCGACGAGCUUCGAAAUCCGCCGGUAGGGCAGCAGUACGAUGAAGAAGAAGAAAGCGAAGAAGAGGAAAGUGAGGCCGCAGAGUCUGAAGAGCUGGAUAUGUCGUCUCGGCCAUCGAAAGUUGCAGACCCUGACGCUGCAUUAGAGGCGGACAGUGAUGACGACGAUGAAGAGGUCUCACUACCUAUCGUACGUCCACCCGAGCGGCAAUUCGACCGUAGGCUCGAGUUCCGUUGGCGUAAUGAUUCUAAACACUCACUGAGUAUAGCUGGAGGCCCGCGAGUCUUUAGCACUCAGCACUCGCAACUUGCGAGCUCUCGACCUGACGUCCAAAGCCACAGCCGGCAGCCGGCAUCUCGAACCUUCCAAGGGCCAAAGAAGAACGACGUCAAACAGACGCCCCAGUCAACCUCCAGUGACCGCAGGCUAGGCAACAUCGACUCACGUGAGUCACGAAAGUCUAAAAGAUUGCCAUGGCUCGACCUCAUACGGAAGUCCUCAGACCAGGAGUCAGCGAAUAAAACUUGCCCACUUCCAAAGCACCCUGGACUUCUUGCUCUUGCAUCCACAUGUUGCCUUUUAGACGCCACUGUUGCCGAAUGGGAAGCUUUACGCCUGACGCAAGAAGAGAAAGACAGCAUGGCCGAGCAUAUAUCAUACAGUAAACCAUUCCUUGGCGCAGACAAGGCGGAAGAAAGCGCUGGCUCGAAGAUGACCUACGAUCUUCUACCUGAGGAUAUGGCCGAGAGAAUCUUUGGCGAGCUGAAGGCAGAAGUGGAUUGGCAAUCUAUGUAUCACCACCAAGGCGCAGUACCACGCCUCGUCUGCUGUCAAGGGACUUUCGAUCAAGACGGCUCCAUGCCCGUCUACAGACACCCUUCCGAUCAAACGAUGCCCAUUCAAGCCUGGACGCCUACUGUGGACAAAGUAAGGAGAGCCGCUGAGGCAAAAGUUGGGCAUCGACUCAACCACGCUCUGAUCCAGCUAUACCGAAGCGGAAACGACUACAUCUCGGAGCACUCAGACAAGACUCUGGACAUCGCGCACGGCAGUAAUAUUGUGAACGUCUCCUUCGGUGCGCAGAGGACUAUGCGUUUGAGGACGAAGCGGACGACAGAAGUUGGUAGCCAGAGGACGAACCAUCCUGUACCAAUGCCACAUAACUCCAUGAUCACCAUGUCUCUACGUACGAACGCAGAGUACUACCAUGGGAUCAAAGCAGACAAACGACCACAGGUAGAGUUGUCAGAAGCUGAGAAGGCGUACGAUGGGCAUCGGAUCAGUCUGACAUUCCGCAAUAUUGCAACCUUUCUGGACAGCGAGUCACGGCUGAUAUGGGGUCAAGGCGCGGUUGCGAAGACGAAGGAUGAGGCACAUCUUGUUACUACCGGUGACAAGGAUGGCAGUGAUAUGAUGCUAAAGGCUUUUGGGACAGAGAACAAUACCACGAAUGUGCCAUGGAUUGAUAUCUACGGCGAGGGAUUUGAUGUGCUGCAUCUGAGGCCUUGA